AUGGUCAUGGCGCCCCCGAAGUCAGAACCAGGGGACGGCAUGGGGCCCGAACCCUCGACGAAAAGGUCUCGAUGGGCAACCCGCAAGCUGACGGUCAAGAGCAGCUCUUUGAAGCGCCUUUCGAUCAGGGGCAGGUUACACAACAGGAAUGGAUCUAGCGAGAAGAAGAGGGCGUCUGGAGGAACUGAGACGUCGCAGCAGCCUGAUGGCGUGCAAGAGCAGCAGGACAGCAACAGCGUCAAGAGCGAGGCUCUCGGUGCCCACGCAGUCGCGCCGAGGCAACUAUACUUCAACCUCCCGUUACCGCAAGACCUCCAGGACGAGGAUGGUCGUCCUAUACAGCAGUUCACUCGGAACAAGAUUCGAACCGCAAAAUACACGCCCCUUUCCUUCAUCCCCAAGAACCUCUUCUUCCAAUUCCAUAAUAUCGCCAACAUUUUCUUCCUCUUCGUUGUCAUAUUGGCUAUUUUCCCCAUAUUCGGCGGUGUUAAUCCCGGGCUCAGUGCCGUUCCUAUAAUUGUUAUUAUUUGCAUCACGGCUGUCAAGGAUGCCAUCGAGGACUAUCGGAGGACGAUCCUGGACAACCAGCUCAACAAUGCACCGGUCCAUAGGCUGGUUGGCUGGGAGAACGUAAACGUGGAGGAGGAUAAUGUCUCGCUAUGGCGCAAGUUCAAGAAGGCGAAUUCUCGAUUUUUCGGCGCAGUUUGGCACGCAAUUGAGAGCCUAUGGAACAAAGAAGCAAAAUUGGCACGUCAGAACAUUGCGUCUGCUGACCCUCGCCUGUCGAUCGAAACGAGGGCAACUCCGUGGGAAUCCGUUGCUUCGCCUAGCCGGCGACAUUCCGUUGCCUCGGCCCACGAAGAGAUCCAGAUGACGCCUGUCCCAUCUCCCGUACCGCGGAAACCCCAACUACCCGAAGCCGCAUCAUCUGUUGAGAACGAGGCGGCGCUCCUCCAGAAUUUUCGCGGGGAUUUGAUCAACUAUGAUGUGCCCGUCUCCGAUAAGGCGAGGUUUCAUAGAGACGCGUGGAAGAAUCUGGUUGUAGGUGAUUUCAUACGCGUCUACAAUGACGACGAGCUUCCCGCCGACAUCAUUAUCCUGGCUACCUCGGAUCCUGACGGUGCCUGCUAUGUGGAAACGAAAAAUUUGGACGGCGAGACCAACCUUAAAGUCCGGUCGGCUCUUCGGUGCGGUCGGACGCUGAAGCAUGCUCGCGACUGUGCGCGGGCCCAAUUCAUGAUUGACAGCGAGCCCCCCCAGCCAAACCUCUACAAGUACAAUGGUGCGAUCAAGUGGCGGCAGAAGGUGCCCUGGGACCCCACAUCCGAACCAAGGGAGCUGUCGGAGCCCGUCAGUAUCGACAACAUGCUUUUGCGUGGGACCAAUCUGCGGAACACGGAAUGGGCGCUCGGCGUUGUCGUUUUCACCGGCCACGACACAAAGAUCAUGAUGAAUGCUGGUGUCACGCCGAGCAAGCGGGCCCGCAUUGCCCGGGAGCUGAAUUUCAGCGUCAUCUGCAACUUUGGCAUCCUGGUUGUCAUGUGCAUGAUUGCAGCAAUUGCAAACGGUGUCGCCUGGGGCAAAACGGAUGCCUCCCUUCAUUGGUUCGAGUACGGAUCCAUCGGAGGGACGCCCGGCCUGACUGGCUUCAUCACGUUCUGGGCGGCUGUCAUCGUGUUCCAAAACUUAGUGCCCAUCUCGCUCUACAUCUCCCUCGAAAUCGUGAGGACGCUGCAGGCCUUCUUCAUAUACAGUGAUGUUGGCAUGUAUUACGACCGGAUUGAUGCGCCGUGCAUCCCCAAGUCCUGGAACAUCUCGGACGACGUCGGCCAGAUCGAAUACAUAUUUUCAGAUAAGACGGGCACGCUGACGCAGAAUGUCAUGGAGUUCAAAAAGGCAACCAUCAACGGCCAGCCUUACGGGGAGGCUUACACGGAAGCCCAGGCUGGCAUGGACAAGAGACAAGGCGUCGAUGUGGAACAGGAAGCCAACAAGAUCCGGGCCGAGAUUGCCGAGGCCAAAGUGCGGGCAAUCCGUGGUCUCCGUCAGCUGCACGACAACCCAUAUCUUCAUGACGAAGACAUGACUUUCAUCGCCCCCGAUUUCGUCGAUGACCUCGCUGGCAAGAACGGGCCGGAGCAGCAGCAGGCCAACGAGCAUUUCAUGUUAGCGCUUGCGCUUUGCCACACCGUCAUUUGCGAGAAGCAGCCGGGCGACCCCCCGAAAAUGAUUUUCAAGGCCCAGUCCCCUGACGAGGCCGCCCUAGUUGCUGCGGCCCGCGAUAUGGGCUUCACGGUGCUCGGCUCAUCCGGCGACGGGCUUGAUGUGAACGUGAUGGGCACCGAGAGGCAUUACCCCGUCCUCAACACCAUCGAAUUCAAUUCAAGCAGGAAAAGGAUGAGUGCAAUUGUCAGGAUGCCCGACGGUAGGAUCGUGCUUUUCUGCAAAGGGGCUGAUAGCAUCAUCUACUCUCGUCUUAAGAAAGGCGAGCAAGCCGAACUCCGCAGGGAGACAGCAAAACAUCUCGAGAUGUUUGCUAUCGAGGGUCUUCGGACGCUUUGUAUCGCGCAGAGAGAGCUCUCGGAGGAGGAGUACAAUGAAUGGCGGAAGGAGCAUGAUUUGGCAGCUACAGCGUUGGAAAACCGCGAGGAGAAACUCGAAGAGGUGGCCGAUAAAAUCGAGCGGGAUCUCACCUUGCUGGGAGGUACUGCUAUCGAAGACCGACUCCAGGAUGGGGUCCCGGACACGAUCGCGCUACUGGGUGACGCGGGAAUCAAGCUCUGGGUUCUCACGGGCGACAAGGUCGAGACGGCCAUCAACAUUGGCUUCUCGUGCAACCUUCUGAACAACGACAUGGACCUCAUCCGUCUGCAGGUCACGGAAGACGAAGCUGGUAUCUCGACAGAAGAGGAGUAUCUUACCCUCGCCCAGGAGCAGCUUGAUGCCGGCCUGGCCAAGUUCAACAUGACCGGGAGCGACGAGGAGCUCAAGAAGGCUAGGAAGGACCACGAGGCCCCAGCCCCCACCCACGGGCUCGUAAUUGAUGGCUUCACGCUCCGGUGGGUACUCAGCGAUGCGCUCAAGCAGAAGUUCUUACUACUGUGCAAGCAGUGCAAGUCCGUGCUCUGCUGUCGUGUCAGUCCUGCCCAGAAAGCUGCCGUGGUGGCCAUGGUGAAGAAUGGCCUCGACGUCAUGACCCUUUCUAUCGGAGAUGGUGCGAACGACGUUGCCAUGAUUCAAGAAGCCGACGUCGGCGUCGGCAUUGCGGGCGAGGAAGGCCGACAAGCCGUCAUGUCGUCCGACUACGCCAUCGGGCAGUUCCGCUUCUUGCAGAGACUGGUGCUGGUCCACGGCAGAUGGUCCUAUCGGCGCUUAGCGGAGUCGAUAAGUAACUUCUUCUAUAAGAACAUGAUCUGGACCUGGGCCAUCUUCUGGUUCCAGAUCUUCUGCAACUUCGACAUCUCGUACAUCUACGAGUACACGUACAUCCUGAUGUUCAACCUCUUCUUCACCUCGGUCCCGGUUAUCCUUAUGGGCGUUCUGGACCAGGAUGUGUCUGAUACGGUGUCGCUGGCGGUGCCUCAGCUCUACCGGCGGGGCAUUGAGCGGAAAGAAUGGACACCGUCGAAGUUUUGGAUCUACAUGCUUGACGGCAUCUACCAAUCCGCCGUGAGCUUCUUCAUCCCUUACAUCUUCGUCGCCUUAACGGUCACGGCGGCCGGGAACUCGCUCGAUGUUGCCGAGCGGACGCGGCUGGGUGCCUACAUCGCUCACCCUGCCGUUUUCACUAUCAACGCAUACAUUCUGAUCAACACAUACCGGUGGGACUGGUUGAUGCUUGUUGUCAUUGCAAUCAGUGACCUCUUUAUCUUCUUUUGGACCGGGGUAUUCACGGCUAGUACCUACUCCGCCACCUUUUACCAGGCCGCCCCACAGCUCUACCAGCAGUUGAGCUUCUGGAUGUGCAUGAUCGUCACGCCAGCCAUCUGCCUGCUGCCGCGCAUUGUGGCCAAGUGCAUCCAGAAGACACGGUUUCCUUACGAUGUCGACAUAAUUCGCGAGCAAGACAAGCAAGGCCAGUUCGCGGAUCUCAACACAGCUGCCGAUGGCAAGACCACAGCGACUGUGGCUGUCGAUGGCACAUCGUCAGGGUCGUCGGCAUCAUCGGGCAAGAUGUCAGGCAGGAGCAGAAAAGCGAAGCAUGCUCAAUACGCAAGCGUAGACGAGGACAGGCGACCCAUCUAUCCGCCGUCCAUCGCUACGCACAACACGCGCACGCAGAAUGGAAGCGACGGCACAACCUACAUUAUGCAGAACAGGCCGUCGCUCGACCUCCAAGGAGACGCCAUAGAGCCAGACGCGGAGCCGGAGAGGGGCGUCCGGCCUUCAAUAGAUCGCUGUAGGCCAUCGUACGACCGGGUACGACGGUCCAUAGACCGAGUGCGACCGAGCUUCGAGGCCAGCAACGAUUUCACGUCGGCGGCGCGGCUCAGCAGGGUCGAGUCUACGCACUCGGAACACGGCGUAACGGGACCGGGGGGCCAGCGGCGGUUCAACCUGACGACGGUUAGGAAACGGGGGAUGUCCGCCUUUUCCAAGAAGAGCAUCGAUCCCUGA